CGAGACUCCACUACAAACGUCGGCGGUCCAGCAACUUUCUUGCAGGACCGGGUCCUCCCGAGCCAUCAUAUCCACCACGUUCAUUGGUCUGACCUUCCACCCCCAGUUCUAAGGUUUGCUAGUCGGAUCGUCUCCUUUGUGCCAGAUCUGCCAGUGGCAUCAUCACGCCGAAGCUUAUUACCGGUCGUGGCCUAGUUCUAUCUGUCCCAGCGUGUCAGGUCCUUCGGCUGGUUUUCUUGGUACGUUUAUCUUCAUUAGGAAUCCUUGGUCAUGGUUCCGCACUUUGCGCUUCAUGGCUUGCGUUCAAGCGCCGUCAAUACAUUUCCAUCGUUUAUCGAGCCCGCCCUUUCUUUAAGCCGCCUAUUGGCGUUUCUCUCCCGUGUUUCUGCAUGCUAUGCGCGUGUUCAAGCACAAAAGAAGAUCGGCUCAUAGUGUCUAUUCCACCACGCAGUCACAUCCAAUUCCUAGACCCACCGACGCUGCAGUUACCUUCAAAGCUUCCUCGAUGGGGAGUGCAGGUGAACAGUCCCCGGCCUAUUACGUCGAUAGCGUUAUCGCUGGAGCUUCCCCCGAUGCGGACGCCAAAGUUCACGGGGAUGCACAGGGUCCGUUCCAUGAACCACUGGUCAUGGACUUUGCUACAAUGCACGAUGGCAUAAAUGGUUCCAAUGCCCCACUCGCGUCCCCUUCUAGCAAAGCAGAUGCAAGUUGGCUCUCAGACGACGACACUGCUGCUGCUGCACCGCCAGACAUCUCCGUCCGCAGAGACAUAUCUCAUCACGUUCCUUUGAGGACAAGCUCUAGUGAUUUCUCUACCAAACUCAAACGCCGAAGUCUCUUUGGCCGAUCUUCACGCAAGUCCAGCUUGACGCCAGAGCCUCCCGCUACACCACACGUCAUGCCGGAAACACGACGUCUUGUAAUGCCCGAGACUCCUGAGUCUCAGAAGUCAUACCCACUCGGCUCAUCCUCUUCAAGACGUGGCAGCAUAGGAGGUCAAAGUUCAGUCCGGGCAUCCAGCAUUGGACCUAACACCAUGCGCAGCUCUGCCGACUCAGUUAUUUCGCUGGAUUCGGUAGCUGUAGGUGCUCUUCCGCCAUUACAGCAGAAGAACGGUCUCGACGAUGGCGACCGUCUCUCUCCCUUGCUUGAAGACGACCCGAAGUCAUGGGAUCUCGUGGAGCCCGAGGAUGAGGACCGCAAAGUGUAUUCCCUCGAGGCUCGCUCCGAACAGUUGUUCUCCAAGUCACAUCUUGCCGCUAUCUUUAAGGACACCCCUUCGUUACUCCGCUUCACCUCGUUCCUCAGCGUAGCACGACCAGAGUCAGUGCCUAUCUUGAUUUACUAUCUCGACGCACUCAAGGCCUUGCGUGCGAUCAACUACUCCAAUGCAGUCGCUGAGGCUCUUGAGCCGAUUCCUGGCCUGGAUUUUACAGAUACCCAGGCACGCCCGACUGUCAACGGUAUCUUGGAGGAGAAGGCGAAGCAGGCAUUCGACAUACUUGUCCGAGAUGAUCUCCCAGCAUUCAUCACACACAUAUUCACGCAGGUCGUGAGUCUGAGCAUAUCGAAGCGCGUCACAGGCACAUUACCACCCCUGCUUCGCGAGGCCAGCGAAGGACUGGCAGAGGUGUUCUGUCUUACAGAUCCGUCAAGGAAGGACAACCCUAUUAUAUUUGCAUCAGAAGAAUUUCACAGGACAACACAAUACGGUGUCAGCUAUGCCAUCGGGCGGAACUGUCGAUUCCUUCAGGGCCCGAAGACAAACCGCAGCAGUGUUGCACGCUUCAAGGAGAUGUGCAUGCAAGGCAAGGAGCACAGCGAAGUAUUCUUGAACUAUCGCCGCGAUGGCUCACCUUUCAUGAAUUUGCUCAUGCAAGCACCGCUCCUCGACUCGCGCGGCAAUCUUCGCUACUUUAUCGGCGCCCAGAUCGACGUCUCCGGUCUCGCGAAGGAUGCCACAGAUCUCGAUGCUUUCCGGCACAUGCUCGAUGAGGAAGAUGGUAUCGAACAACCCGAGGAGGCGAAAGAUGAGUUCCAAGAGCUCAGUGAGAUGUUUAACCAUGGCGAACUAGAUACAGUACGCAGGUUUGGUGGAAAUAUGCACCGAGACCACCUCGAGGAUAAGGACGACAAGUCAAAUGGAGUUCAGCGACCGAGGUUGCUCAUCCAGGAUCAGUCAACAUUUGAUAUUGAGAGCGCCGAAAAGCCACCACCCAAGCCUGAAGGCAGACUGUCUGGGCCAUACAAACACUACCUCCUGGUUCGCCCUGCACCAUCCCUCCGCAUCCUCUUCACGUCACCCUCCCUUCGCGUCCCCGGAAUUCUCCAAUCGCCCUUUCUUGACCGCAUCGGCGGCUCAAACCGCGUGCGCGAAUCCGUGCGCGAUGCUCUCGCCGACGGUUCUCGUGGCGUAACGGCCAAAAUCCGCUGGCUGCCCCACGCAGUCCAAGACCUUAGCAACUCAUACGAGGAAGGACGACCGCGCUGGAUACACUGCACACCACUUCUGGGCGCAAAUGGCAGCAUAGGCAUCUGGAUGAUCAUCAUCGUCGACGAGGAGAAGCACACCCAGCCGAACAGGCGCUUCAGACAGGCACCACCUGUUGCGAACGAUGUGCGGAGACCGCACUACGCUGGAGCAGGCGGAAGAAAUCUCAAUAGCAGGAUGGACGAUCUCGACCAGAUGGGCGACGACCCUAGGACUGUUCAACAUGACGAUUACGGAUACAGCCCGGGUCGCGUGACUAGUUCGUAUAGAGAACGAAAUGGCGAACGCAAUGGCGGUGAGCGCAACGGUACCGGGGCUCACAGAAAUAUGCUUCUCGACGCUAUGCGUUCACCACCCAGUCCACGGCGGAGCGUGAACGAGCAGCGCGCAAUGAACAACCACUCGAAUGCUAAUAGUCUAAGGGGCAAUCAGUAUGGAUCGGGGGCCAGUGUAGACUCGUUUCAGAUAUGACUGCACCCGGCAGUGAGCAGCUCUGAUGAGAGCGAUGGAUCAAACGACGGAAACGGAACGGACGAUACAGAGUACAGCGGAGAAGAAGAGCGUA